AUGCGUUCCCUCGUCUCGGCGCUGGCCACCUUGGCCCUCGCCCGCCAUGCGCUGGCGGACCCGACCUGGCCCUCGGACGUCGACGAGCUCGAGGAGAUCAUGUAUCAGCUCAGCUCCUUUGGCGCCCGCAAGUUCGCCGACACCGUGAACCCUUGCGCGAACGAAGCCUCCGGGCCGGGCCGACAGAACGCCGCCGAGUGGCUCCGUCUCGCCUUUCACGACAUGUCGACGGCCAACAGCUUCUUCCACACCGGCGGGCUCGACGCCUCGCUCCAGUACGAGCUCGACAACGGGGAGAACACGGGCCCGGGCCACAAGACGACGCUCCAGUUCAUGUCGCCCUACGUCUCCCCGAGGUCCAGCCUCUCCGACCUCAUCGCCAUGGGCGUCUACAUGUCGGUCCGGUCCUGCGGCGGUCCCGCCGUGCCCUUCCGUGCCGGCAGGAAGGAUGCGACGGAGAAGGGGCCGACGGGCGUACCCCAGCCGCAGAACUCGGCCUUUACCUUUCAGCAGCAGUUUGAGCGCAUGGGCUUCACCAAGGAGGAGAUGAUCCAGCUCACCGCCUGCGGCCACACCCUCGGCGGCGUCCACAAGGACGAGUUCCCCGAGCUCAUGCCCCCCGGAGGCGUCAAGAACGGGGCCGCCGACCUCGACUCGACGGCGGCCGUCUUCGACAACAAGAUUGUGACCGAGUAUCUGUCGGGGCAGACUAAGAACCCGCUCGUCGUCGGCCCCUCGGUCAAGGUCAACAAGCACUCCGACUUCAAGGUCUUCAACUCGGACGGCAACAAGACGCUCGAGGGCAUGAAGGACAAGGCCAAGUUCCAAGACAUCUGCAAGGCCGUGCUGCAGAAGAUGAUUGACGUCGUCCCUCCCACCGUCACCCUGUCGGAUCCCAUCCUUCCCUACGCCGUCAAGCCCGUCCGGAUGCAGCUCACGCUCGCCGACGGCGGCACCGCCCUCUCCCUGACGGGGUACAUUCGUGUCAAGACGACUGGCAUGGCCAAGGACGCCAUCAAGAACAUCAGCAUCCAGUACAAGGACCGCCAGGGCGCCUCCCGCUGCGGCGCCGACUCGUGCACCAUCACGAGCAGCCUCCAGGGCGUCGGCCAGGGCUUCGACGACACUUUUGCCUUUUUCCCCAUCCAGGCCAGCAUCCCCGCCUCCUCGGGCAUCUCCUCCUUCACGGUGACGGUGAACGACAAGGUGUACGACAACAACGGCAACGGGUACCCGAUGCAGGACGACGUCAUCUUCCAGGCGCCCCAGAGCUGCGUGUCGGGCAGCAACGGCGCCGUCACGCUCGUCGCGGCGGUGCGCAACGACGCCGUCGGCCGGGGCGCGAAGGCGAGCAUCUGGUUCAGGAGGCCUCAGGCGGGCAGCCCGAUCCCGCAGCUCGCCAACACGACGGUCGAGCUCAGGAAGGGCAGCUGCGUGGGCGGGUACACGCUCUUCUCGUCGGACCACACCGUCGAGGGCGGCAUGGCGUACCAGUCCCACGUCGACGUCACGGCGGGCGGAAAGACGGAUGCCUUUAAGAAACUGGCCGACGUCGGCGGCACCUGUCGGUCCUUUGACAACGCCGCGCCUUGCGCCGAAGCGGGCGAGCCGACGGUCCCCGUGACGACGACGGCCGUGACGACAUCGGCCGUCGCGUCCCCGACCGAGGUUCGCCGCCGCCGCGCCACCGUCGGCGGAUACAAGAUGGUUUCCUGCUGGACCGAGGGCAGCAACGCGCGCGCCCUCAACGGCAUCUUUUUCGCCAACGACACCAUGACGCUGGAGAAGUGCAUGGCGCACUGCAGCGGCUACGUCUACUGGGGGACCGAGUAUGGACGAGAGUGCUACUGCGGCAACGCGCUGGACAAGAGCAGCGCCGCGGCACCGCUCACCGAGUGCAACAUGGCCUGCGGCGGCGACGCGAGCCAGUAUUGCGGCGCCGGCAACCGCAUCGAGCUCUACUCGACGACGAGCGCGCCGGCCGUGCCGACGCCGACGGCGACGCUCGUCCACAAGCCUACCGUGUCGCCCUUCAGCCUCGUCGGGUGCUGGACCGAGGGCCAGGGCGUCCGGGCGCUCGAGCAAAAGGCGACCAUCGACAAGGGCAUGACCAACGAGGCCUGCGCCGCGUUUUGCAAGGGCUACAAGUACUUUGGCACCGAGUACGGCACCGAGUGCUACUGCGGAAGCUACCUGACGGAGACGAGCCAGAGCGCGCCGCUGGCCGAGUGCGGCAUGCCGUGCGGCGGCGACGCGUACCAGUACUGCGGCGCGAGCAACCGCAUCGAGCUCUACAUGAACGCCAACGCGUCGGGCGGCAAGCCGGAGCUGCCGGCGGCCGUGGGCGACUACGUCCUCGUCGGCUGCCAGACCGAGGGCAACGGCACCCGCGCCCUCGCGGACAAGACGACGGCGGCCGAGGACAUGACCAACGCAAAGUGCGCCGACAUCUGCAAGGAGCACAGGUACUUUGGCACCGAGUACGGACGCGAGUGCUACUGCGGCAACCUCGUCGACCCUUCGAGCAAGGCGGCGCCGCAGAAGGAGUGCGGCAUGCUCUGCGGCGGAAACGCGCUGCAGUUUUGCGGCGCCUCGAACCGGCUCAGCGUGUACACGAAGAAGGCGAUGCCGCCGGCUCCUCCGGCUCCUCCCCCUGCACCGUCGCCCAAGGCGAGGACUUUGCAGUGGCAUCCCCUGGCUCCAUCGAAAGCCUAUCCAACCCCGCCCAAGAGGCAACGUCUCAAGUCGGCCCUUUGGUUCGCCAUCGGACAAAUCGUCGACGAGGAGUCGAUGCGUCGCAACAUCAACGCCACGCCGCAGUUCAUCGGCGCCCUCACCGAGCUCGUCUGGACGCAGAUAGGUGAUUCCUCUCCCGCCAGCCUUCAACGUGCCGCACGCCAAAGGAUGCAACCGGACCAAGGGCCGACGCUGACUCCGAGGUGGAAACCAGAGAACAUUUCGAUCGACCUCGAGAGCUUCUGCAACCACGCUGGCCGGUCGACGGUGACGACGGACGACGUCCUCCUCCUCGCCCGCAAGAACCCCGACCUGCGCCAGCUGAUGGAGGCCUUUGUCGAGGAGCGCAAGGCCCGUCGCCAGGGAGGCCCCGCGGGCCGGAGGCGGUCAUGA